GUCACACUGAAUAGGGGACUUGCUCUGCUUGUCUAUCCAGAAGCCUGCUGCUGUUAGGGUCAGGGCGGGGAGGUGGGAAGGGGAAUGAGCUGCCUGAGAGAGAGUCUUGUCUCUGAUGAAGGCCCCAUCCAGAGCCAGAUGGCGGUGAGUGACUUUAGUUUGACCUACCCUGGCAACCCCCAGCCAGGGGACUUGAUUGAAGUGUUUCGUCCUGGCUAUCAGCACUGGGCCCUGUACUUGGGUGAUGGUUACGUUAUCAACUUAACACCUUUGGAGGGUGGCAUUCCUGCAUCAUUUACAAGCGCCAAGUCUGUAUUCAGCAGAAAGGCCCUGGUGAAGAUGCAGCUCUUGAAGGAUGUUGCAGGCAAUGACACAUAUAGAAUAAACAAUAAGUAUGAUGAAACAUACCCCCCUCUCCCCAUGGAAGAAGUCAUGCAACGGUCAGAGUUUGUUAUUGGACAGGAGGUGGAGUAUGACGUACUGGUCAACAACUGUGAGCAUUUUGUGACUUUGCUUCGCUAUGGAGAAGGAGUUUCAGAGCAGGCCAACAGAGCAAUAAGCACCAUUGGGUUAGUGACAGCUGCUGCUGGAGCCUUCUCAUUCCUGGGCUUGUUUUCAAAAAGACAAAGAGCGAAAUACUAUUAACAAUUUACUGAAGAGAUAUUGGGACUGAAGAAAUCUGUGAGGCGAGGGUGGGGGAAGGGGAGGAAACACCCUGGGAUAAAUACUUAUUUUCAAUGCAUCAUUAUUGUUUCAAACUCCAAUGAUGGAUGGUGGGCUCUUUAAUAAAUUGCUUAUUGAUAUUAUCUCAUCAUUGAGCUAAGGAAAUUUUUCUUCCUACUAGCAUAGAUUUUUCUGUGGCAGUUUGGACAAGAAUCAGUAACCUUUUUAGUGAUCCAGCAGAGGAUCUUAACAAAAUCACAUUAUAUUUUAUCUUAUACUAUAAAUAUAAGUUUCCUAUUCCCUGAGGGUGGCUAUUUUGUAUUUGCCAGAAGGAAGAAGAACAGAUUAUGUGUGAUUUUGAAAAAAAUGAGAAUACCUCCAAAUUGUUAGGGUUGACAUCUAAAUUCAUAUUCCUUUUCUGAUCAGAAAGAAAUUGGGAAAUUCAGCAUUUGUCUAGGCAGUUUGAGGAAUUUUGAUUAACAAGCCAUUUGAGGGUGCACACCUGUCCUUUGCUCCUGCAUGGGUGGGUGGGAAAGGGGGCUUUUGCUCCACUGUUUCAGAUCCAGUGAUUUCCCUGGAAAUGACUCAUUUAUCAGAAGUCUGUGACAAACAAGAAUAGGCUGUUACUUUUACCUACUUUGUUCCCUGUGGAUUUUGAAGUAUUUCAAGGAUUUUAACGUAGAAAGAGAUCAUUAAAGUAGGUGUAAGGGGCCAUAUUUGGAAAACAAUAUCCCAUAUUACUUUUUUAAGGUUUUGACUGUAAGUCAAGGAGCAUUGUGAUUUUGUUCUUGCAUUUUAUUGAUUAUGUGUUGAAUGAAACAAAUUACUUUUAAUACUUUUCUAGUAGAAUUCUUGUUUGCAGCAUGUGGUGAAAAAUGGUUGCAGGUCUCUAUACUCUAAGAUUUUAUUGGACAUUGUGGCAUAGCACUGCUUUACAAAACACACAAACAGCCAAUGACAUCAUGGCAUUAGAUACAGGAAAAGUUCAAGUAAACAUUGAGGGUGAGUGCCAUAAAGGAACUAGGAAUCUAUACUAAUAAAAGGGUAAUAUACUAAUUAGACUGGAUAUACCACACAUUUUCUGGACAUCCUUCCAGACAAAGCCACAGUGCCAGGGGCCAAGGCAGAGGCAGUUAGGGGUGAUCAGGCCAGCAGGAGAGAGCGGUUAGGGGUGCUCAGGCCAGGAGGGGAGCAGUUAGGGGCAUCAGGCAAGCAGGCAGAGGUGGUUAGGCGCAAUCAGGCAGGCAGGCAGAGGUGGUUAGGUGCGAUCAGGGAGGCAGGCAGGUGAGUGAUUAGGAGUCAGUGGUCCUGGAUUGCGAGAGGGUACAGGCUGGGCUGAGGGACCCUGUCCUGUGCACAAAUUUCAUGCACUGGGCCUUUAAUAUGAUAGAUAAAGGGACAGAAGACUCAAAGAAAGACUUGAGCCUAUAAAAUAGAUUUAGAUUUCACCCCAGGGCCAAAAAUACUCUACAGUUUAGCUGCAGGGUUAAGAAUAGUGGUAACAGAAGGGGUCAUGUACUGCAAUCAGAGCCAGUAGAGAUCUUUUCUCUUCUUCUUCCUUGUUCCCUGACGUUUCUCUUUUUAAUCUUAUGGUAUCUCCCUUCCUCUAGUGGACCUGGGGGAGGGAGGGUAAUGGAUGUCUCCUACCAGAUACCAUGAUCUAAAAAUACUUAUUCAUUUUUUUUUCUAAAUUUAGUUUCCUGUUUCUUUUAUGUCCUGUCCUCGAGUAAUAGUUUUAAAACAAUGAGCUCUUUUCUAGUAUUGUCAAAUUAGGAUGAGACUGAUGGUGGUUUAAUGUAUUACCUCUCCCAAGAUGUGUUUAUCUUUUAAUAAAAGUGACUUUGGAGGGCAAAUCUUAACCCAGAACAGGAGUCUUGGGUGUGGUGGAAUUAAAGCAUUGGUGGAUGGGGGAGGGACCAGACAUGAGAACAGAUCUAAGAAUAACUCAUGUCAAACCUUUCUAAAGAACUCUGGACUUCGCCACUUCGGAAGACAUCCUAGAGCUAGAUAAUGCCCAAAAUGCACUUUUAGUUUUUUAAAUUUAUCUUUAUUGUUUGAAAGUAUUACAGAUGCCCCUCUUUGUCCCCUCAUUGACCCCCUCUCCACCCAGAGCUCCACCCCCCACCCACCUUCACCUUACUAUUGUUCGUGUCCAUGGGUUAUGCAUAUAUGCUUAUAGUUUUUGGGUUAAUCUCUUCCUGCCCCCCCUCCAUCCUUCUGUCUGAGAUUCCUCAGUCUGGUCCAUGCUUCCAUGUCUCUGGAUCUAUCUUGUUCAUCAGUUUAGUUUGUUCAUUAGAUUCCACAUGUAGGUGAGAUCAUAUGAAACUUGUCUUUCUCUGACUGACUUAUUUCACUUAUGAACUUUGAUAAAUUUUGGAUUAAUUUUUCACAUAGGUAGUAUUCUAGGCUCCAAUAAUUUUCACCCUUGAAAGUAAGCUCACAGUUAGCCAUCAGUGUUCCCAUAAAAAUGGCCACUCCUGUUGAUGGCAGUUUUUUUAUAGAUCAGCAAUUUUCAACCAGUGUGUGGUGUGCUGCAGGAAAUUUUAAAACAUGCAGUACCCAACUAUUUAGUCAGGGGCACCAACCUCUUUUCCCGUAGAUUGCCAAAUAAAAAAAAUGACAACAGCCAACACAACAAUAGCCAUCAGUGUAAAUGAAUCAAAAUUAUACUUAUUUUGCUGUCAGAUCAGGAAAACAUAUAUUUUUUGGUUGCCACAGAAUUUUAGCAAUCAUUUUUUGUGUGCCACGAGAUGAAAAAGGUUGAAAAUCGCUGCAAUAGGUGAUCAUUUGAUAUAUGGCCAUGCUCAUGCUUUUAUCAAAGCUUUUCCCCAAGACUAUUAAACCUUUCUCUGAGCAUAUAGUUAGCAAAGUUAAGUAUAGACUUCAACUUUAACAUAUUCCACUUCCAAAGAAAUCUGUGAAAUAAAAUGAUCACCUAUCAGAUACCAAAAAUGUUGUUGGAAAAACUGGGGCAAAAAAAAAAAAGGUGUACAUUUAUUAAAUCAAGAUUUUAAGAAACCUGUUUAUGCUAUCUGUCAUAGGGUAUAAGUUGAAUCCUCCUGUGCUAAUGGUCAAAUUAUUAAAUGCCCGAGUUACAUAUUUUUUAUGUUGAUAUACAAUUUUUAACCAUAAGAUAAAUAUGUUAUCUUCUUAUGAUUUAUUAGUAGACACUAAAUAAGACACAUUUUGAAAAUUAUCAUUUUCCAAGAGCUGUGCACCAAAGUAAAAACAAGAUUUUGCAAAUAAAAUGUAAAUAUAGAGGGUUGUUUUUAUAAAAAUUUGCAUUAAUGCUGUUGGUUUGUGUAACAAAGCCUUUAGUCCUAUUUACAGAAACAAAUUGAUGAAAUGUAAAAAUUAUUUUUCACUUCUAAAGGUUUCAGAAUUGUAAAUACAUUAUUGAAAGCAUACAUCAGUGUUUGGCACAUAAUUGGCACUCAUGGAAUGGGAUGGUUACCUAAUUGCCUAUGAACUGUUGAAGUUCUGUUAAGUUAGCAAAAUUCGAUUUAUUGUUACAAAUAAUGCCUAGUAGAUAAUACACAAUGUUCAGUAGAAAUAAAUGUCCUCUCAGGUCACAGUGGAGUUCAUAUGUACUAAAGAGAAUAGUGUACACAAUAUAUUUGUAAAGGAUGGACCCCUUCUUGUAGCUGUUAAUGUGCAUUGAUUUAGAUAAUGAAAAGAUGAAAUGGAAUGUAAGAUUGUUUAGUAGCCUGAAAAUUGUCAUGGUGUAGAUACAAACAUUAUGGGUCCAUCCCUCCCCUAGGAUUGUGUUUUAAGAUGAGUAAUACGGACUUCGGGCCAACUUUUAAAGUUAAAAAAACCAACAAUUUAAGGAUUUCACCUGUCAGUAAUGAAGAGUAAAUAGAGGUGCUGUGCUUCUUUAAUGUAAAAGUACAUUUUAAUUGUUUAUUUCAUUACCUUUGUGAUCAACUCUGGACAUAGCUCAUUGGCCCCAAAACAAUAUGUUUUGGGAAAUGCUGUCUUUGGUGGAGUUUGCUUAGAAGUUAGCUGUGCCCAAGCCAAGAUUAUAUGCGAUAAACAGACAUCUCCGUCAUUCUCCACUGCCACACAGCUCCGGGUCACCACAGUCAGAGCUGAAUUUUCUAAGUAAAUGUCAAUUCCUGUUUCUCUCUUACAACUGUACAAAAGGAGCAAAAAGGAAUUUUGUGACCUUGGAAAAAUACUUGUACAUAAAUGUUCUUCGCAAGUGAAUGUAAGGUUAAGUAAACUUGUGACAGUUUAUUCAGAGAAGGUGUUUUUCAAAUGCUUUAUUUCUGUAGAUGAAAAUAAAAAUAUAUUUGUGAAACUUUCAAUGAUCAAAUUCUUUUUUAAUUUUCCUUUUUU